AUGUCCAACUCCACCAGUGUGCCCUUCACCAUCCCGAGAGCGAUCUCCGACUCGCCCUCGCAGACCCUCCUCAACAGCCUGAACGAUGCCGCGGGCCUGGUCAGCUUUGCGUCCCUCCUGACCCUCGGUCUCCUCGAUGCCUGGAAGCUCUCGUUCUCCUAUCGGUCCCUGGUCCAGCUCAUGAUCUACACCGACUGCAUCGCCUUUGUCCUGCAGUACUGCGCCUUUUCGCUCGCCGACCCGACCGGUGUCAACAGCUGCAACUACAACAUCCUGAUGAUGAUGUCCGAUCUGGUCUGGGUCUUCAAGGAUGCCUUCAAAAUCUCCUACAUUGUCUGGAGAACCCUGUUCGUCACCAACGUCACCAAGGGCCGCUCCGGACUGUGGACCCAUGUUGGAGUGCAGCUCUCAGGACUGUUCUCGGUCAUCCUGUACAUGCUCUUCAACUACUCGGCCUACAACGGAUUCAACAUCUGCGGGUCUGCCAACGCCGUCCCGGCCUCCUACCGGGAUUGGACUCGCCCUCUCCUCUAUGGCUACUGGGUUAUCCUCGAUCUCGUCUGUACUAUUGCGCUGCUCACAACCAUCUACAAAUUCUCGGCUUUUGAGCGCGACAACUCCUACAACAACGGCAAGUCCCCGCUCUCCAAGGUCAUCUUCAGAGAGCUCACCCGUGUCGUCAUCACUGCCGGCGCCGGUGUUGCCAUCUGUGGAUGCACCAUUGUCGAGAGCAUCCGCGGCGGCGGACAGAUCCUUCCCCUCAAGGCUCUCCUGUUCACCUUGUCCCAACACGUCCUGUUGCUCAGUGUGAUGAGAUAUGCUCCCGGCUCGGAUGAUGCCAGCAGCGCUCACUCGCCUCAGUACUGA